AUGGCUGCACACAAGCACAAGCCCAUUAAAUUUGAGAAAUUCUACAACGUGAUUAACGGCGAGCUUAGGCAGACCACCGCAACGCGCCAGAGUCCCAACCCAGUAACAGAAGAACUCAACGCAGAGGUACCUGUAUCUUCCUCUAUAGAUGUGGAGGCAGCUGUCGAAUUUGCUAAAGCUGCCUUCCCGGCAUGGGCGGCAACUUCGUGGAGCGAAAGACGUGCCGCCGGCUUGGGCUUCGCUAAUGCUCUUGAGCAAGAAAAGGAAGGCUUUACAAGACUACUAAGGCAAGAGCAAGGUAAACCGCUUCACUUUGCCCGCAUGGAAAUCGACAACGGCGUCCACUGGCUCCGUGAUAUCGCUAGCUUAGAGCUUCAUGAUGAAGUUAUUAAAGAAGAUGACGAGUCUCGAGUGGUGGUACAGUUCAGACCCCUUGGUGUCGUGGUUGCUAUUGUGCCAUGGAAUUACCCUGUCAUGUUAGCGUGCGGCAAGUUGGGCCCAGCGCUGAUGACGGGCAAUUCGGUGAUCAUGAAGCCUUCGCCUUUUACCCCAUAUUGCGGUCUCAAGCUCGCAGAAUUGGCCCAGAGCUUCUUUUCACCUGGAGUUGUUCAAGGGCUAAGUGGGGAUGAUAAUCUGGGACCAUGGUUAACCGCCCACCCGGGAGUGAAUAAAAUCAGCUUUACAGGGUCGACUGCGACUGGGAAAAGGGUUAUGGAGAGCGCCAGCCACAAUUUGACCAGAGUAACCCUAGAACUAGGAGGAAAUGAUGCCGCGAUUGUCUGCGAGGAUGCGGACCUGAAAUCCGCUGUUCCAGCUAUUGUAUCGCUAGCAUUUCUCAACUCGGGGCAGAUCUGUAUUGCCAUCAAGAGAAUCUACGUUCAUUCAGCCAUUUACGACGAAUUUCGGACCAAAAUGAUUGAGUUCUUAAACACAUUGAAAGUGAAUGGUGAUGAGGACGCCUUUAUGGGUCCAGUCCAAAACCAACUACAAUAUUACCGAGUGCAGAGUUUACUGGAUGAUAUCAAUCAAAACGGUUAUACAAUGAUUAGCGGAUCACACAACCUUCCAAGCUCCGGUUAUUUCAUCAAGCCAACCGUGGUCAGUAAUCCGCCUGAAAAAUCGCGAAUUGUCCAGGAAGAACCCUUUGGACCCGUGGUGCCUUUGUUAUCUUGGACAGAGCUGGACGACGUCAUAUCGAGAGUGAACGCAAGUAAUGUGGGAUUAGGGGCAUCAAUCUGGUCAUCUGAUCACCAGAAGGCUGGAAAAAUCGCAGAAAGAAUUGAUGCAGGCAGUGUUUGGAUCAACGCACAUACCAAGAUUGACCCCAAGGUACCUUUUGGCGGAUAUAAAGACAGUGGAAUUGGCUGUGAAUGGGGUGUGGAGGGCUUGAAAACGUUUUGCAAUAUUAGGUCACUUUAUUUGAAGAAAUAA